CUCAGACUGGUCAAUACGGAACCGCCAGUGGUGCACAGACUGGCCAAUACGGAACCGCCAGUGGUGCCCAGACUGGCCAAUACGGAACCGUUAGUGGUGCUCAGACUGGCCAAUACGGAACCGCCAGUGGUGCCCAGACUGGCCAAUACGGAACCGUUAGUGGUGCUCAGACUGGCCAAUACGGAACCGCCAGUGGUGCCCAGACUGGCCAAUACGGAACUUUAG